GAAGCAAAAGCCCGUUACCUCCAGAAGAAAGCGAGACGAAAGCGCAAGCUGGAUUCUGCCAAAAAAGCAGCUGCGCCGAAACACAAAGAAUGGAACCCUACACGAGGAGGGAAUCACGUCCCAAUGCGGUUACGUGUCGGCGGAGCAAGAGAAGCAUAUUGUCAUGAACAGGCUGACAAUACGCUCAAUCAGCGGUGGACUGGAGCGGGCACUUCCACUAAACCAUCCAUCCCUGAGAGUUCACAGGGGCAAGAAGAGAAAUCAACUUCGGGUGAAGGAGGGCCAGCGACGGAGGAGAUGGAAAGAGCCAGACGGAAAGCCGAGAAGAGGGCCAAAAGAGAAGCACGAAACCUGCAGAAGGCUGCAAAGUCAAGUGCACCGGAGCCGGAGACGACCGUUGCCUCUGACAAUCAUAUAACAGGUGACGCAAAGGAAAGUGAGCCACCUCAGAAAAUGGAUGUCAGGUUGGAUGAGGAUGAACCCCAACCAUUACAAGCCUUCCCUCUGCCCAGGGCCGUCCCGGCACCUUCGACCGAUCUCCUCCUUCGGCAAGGUCUUCCAACGGGUCUGGAAGAAGCGACCUUCAUUGAGGAAAAUCUUCGCAUACCCUUAUCCGAGCUUAAAAUGCAACAACGUGGUCGAGAGGUGUCUGCCAUCUCCGAGCAUAUGAGUGCCCGGUUGUCUGAAUUGGGAGUCAUCGAUUUUUUCGCUGUACAAGCAGCUCUCUUACCGAAACUUCUUCCUCUCUCUCUUACCCCAUUGAAAUAUGCCAAUCUCCACGAUUAUCUGAUAUCCGCUCCGACUGGUUCAGGUAAAACGCUCGCAUACGCCAUACCGAUCAUCGAAAUCUUAUCCGCUCGCACCAUCACUAGACUUCGAGCGUUAAUUGUGUUACCUACCAAAGAUCUGGUAGUGCAGGUACGAGAGACACUCGAAUUGCUGGCGAAAGGUACUGAUUUGAAAAUCGGAACCAUCGGCGGACAGCAUUCUUUCGCGCAUGAACAAAAGGUUCUUGUUGAAGAUCUGGAGAUCAAGGAAUUAGGCGGCUCAAGUAAAGUAGACAUACUUAUAGCUACACCCGGUCGUCUCAUAGACCAUCUCAGUCAAACUCCUAAUUUUACCUUACAACAUCUCCGUUUUCUCGUAAUAGAUGAGGCUGACCGACUUCUCAAUCAAAGCUAUCAAGACUGGCUCAUGAUGGUGUUGAGGCAUACACGGCCGACCGACGAUAAUAUGGCACUAGAACGUGAGAUCAUGCCUGAUGACCACGUUGCUCCUCUGUGGAUGUCAGCUUGUGGUCUGGGCGACAAAAGUCAUAGUCUUCUCGAUCCCCCUGAACAGCAGUGUCAGAAGCUUCUUUUCUCCGCUACCCUUACCCGCGAUCCGGCAAAAGUCGCCUCACUCUCACUCAAUUCGCCUCGAUACUACAUCAUCCAAUCAUCCCUCGCACAACCAUCAGCACACAGCAUAGGUGAACAAUUUGCUAUUCCCGCUUCUCUUACGGAGUUCAUGCUCAUUCUUCCUCCUCAACUCAAACCUCUCAAUCUUAUUCAUCUCAUUCACUCACCGGAAUAUGCUGUGAGCUCGGCGUUGAUCUUUACCAAAAGCGUGGAAAGUUGCGUGAGACUCGUGAAACUACUCGAAUACUUUGAGGUCGCGUUUGGCGGUGGUAAGGUUGUCCAAGGGUAUACGAGUGAUAUGCGACCGGCAGAGCGGAAGAAAUUAUUGGCCGCUUUUGGUCAAGGGGAUGUGCAACUACUUGUCUGUUCCGACUUGAUCGCCAGAGGCAUGGAUCUUCCAACAGUCUCCCAUGUCAUCUCAUAUGACAUCCCUCUGGACAUGCGAAAGUACGUUCAUCGGGUAGGCCGUACAGCUCGAGCUGGUCGAUCAGGGACGGCUUGGACGCUGGUGGAGAAGCAGGAAGCGUUACACUUCAAAAGCAUUUUGAAAUCUGCCGGGCACACAAAACAGGUCAAAAAGGUAAAAGUCAAGGAGGAGAGUCUCGGACCAUACAAGGACAGCUACGAGGUUGUGAUGAAGAGACUGAAAGAGGAAUUUUCGCAUGGGAGAGAAAGUACAGAAUGA